AAAAAAGGAAUCUGCACCUGUCUACCGCCAUAAUCUCAUAAGACUCUCAGUGUGGUUUGGAUCUCCCAAUGAAGGAAUGCAAGGCUGCCUAAAGAAGAUGCUCCAUCUGAUGAAGAGCUCAGUUUCUGUUGAUGCUGAUGGUAAAAGAACAAGCUGGUUUGCUGGAUAUAUGUCAGAAGAAGAGGCCAAAAAGAAACUGCAGAGUGAAAAAAGGGGAGCCUUCUUGGUCCGAUUCAAAUGUUACGGUCAACCAGGCUUUUUGCUGACCAAAAAGUCCCGUAAUGGUCUAAGUAUUGUUGACUUUCCAAUCGAGGUCAUUAGAGACACAGGAAAACUAUCAUUUAAUGAUCGAGAUUUCCCAGAUCUUCCCUCCUUGAUGACAGAGUUGAGGAAGUCAUGGAUGACAGACCUACAACCUUUUUAUUCUAUGGAAGGAUUUUGAAGAAACCCAACCCUAACAAAGUUUUAUCAAGGAGCCAGGUUCUAAAUAUAUUAUUAACUUUUCAUUCCCAACCUGUCGGAUCAUAUGUAAUUUUCAAAACUAUACAGUACUGUAGUUCCUUUGACAGCUGACAAUUUAUGUAAUUUCUGAUGUUUGACUGACAUGGGAACCAAUAUGUCAGAAAUUUUUAUUCUGAUGGCAUUUUGAAGUGGUUUGUGUGGCAUCAUGGAAGUUUUGGAUCAUUUAAGCAUUUUGCAGGAAAAUUAAGUCAUUCUAGGUCGGUAAGUCUUACGUUUGACCACUUUCUUUUUUAUAUUUCUUGUAAUUUUGGUAGUAAUUAAUACUGCAACCAGGUUAGUUUACCCGGUCCUCAGGGUAUUGUGCUGCAGCAUUUGAUGAGGAACACAUUUCCACUCAUUUUUUGGCCACAUUUAAUGAGUGGUUUUUAGUGGUUUUUUAUAUCUGGUGCAGCACAGGUUCUUCAUGUAGAACCCCUAGUUUUAGACUAUAUAUUUAUAACAUUGUAUCAGGAUCUGUAUACUAGAAGACUGACCGACUC